AAACCCAAUCCAUCUAAAUUCUCCUUCUGAUUCCCUCCCAUUUUAUUACCGUGGAAAUGACUGCCCUCAUUGAAAAUCCUGCUGAUCUUGAAGCAGAGGAGCAGAAGCAUGUGGAGGAAACGAACGAGCUGGUCUUGGACGGUGGAUUCUCGGUGCGAAAGUCUGUGUCAAAUGAUGGAUUUGUUACCCCAGAAAUCAAUUCUUACGGCCACACUUUUAGAGAUUACAAUGUAGGUGAAAGGCAAAAGAUUGUGGAGGAAUUCUACCGAACGCAACACAUUAACCAAACAUAUGAUUUCGUGAAAAGGAUGAGGGAAGAGUACUCGAAAUUGAACAGGAUGGAAAUGAGCGUAUGGGAAUGUUGUGAGCUCCUGAAUGAGGUGGUGGAUGACAGUGAUCCUGAUUUGGAUGAGCCUCAGAUUCAGCAUUUGCUGCAAUCUGCUGAAGCCAUUCGGAAAGAUUACCCUGAUGAAGACUGGCUACAAUUGACUGCUCUUAUUCAUGAUCUUGGAAAGGUUCUUAUUCUGCCUCAAUUUGGAGGGCUUCCACAAUGGGCUGUUGUUGGUGACACAUUCCCUCUUGGAUGUGCUUUUGAUGAGGCUAACAUUCACCAUAAGUAUUUCAAGGAAAAUCCUGAUUUUAAUAAUCCAGCAUACAGCACAAAGAAUGGAAUUUACACUGAAGGAUGUGGACUUGACAGUGUGAUGAUAUCAUGGGGGCAUGAUGACUAUAUGUACCUGGUUGCAAAAGGAAAUGGAACAACUUUACCUUCAGCAGGGCUGUUCAUUAUCCGAUAUCACUCCUUCUAUCCCUUGCAUAAGGAAGGAGCCUACAUGCAUCUUCUCAAUGAUCAGGAUAAGGAGGAUCUGAAAUGGCUCAAGAUAUUCAACAAAUAUGACCUUUACAGCAAGAGCAAAGUUCUCAUUGAUGUCGAAGCAGCCAAGCCCUACUAUCUUUCCCUCAUUGAAAAGUAUUUCCCCGCAAAGCUCAAGUGGUGAAGCAUGGAGGUUUGGAAGAUUUUUCUGAUAUGGAAGCUUGCGUUAAAUUUCAGGGAUUUGGGGAUAUUCGUAGCAUUAAUGAAAAAGAAGAAAUUGCUAUUGUGAUGUACUUUUGUUCAAAAAGUUUCAUUUAAUUUAUAAUAAGUUGUAAAAUAAAACAAAUAUGAGCAUGUGUUGUUUCUUCUAGAUAUGCUCUGUGUCUCACUUUUUACUAGUUUGAUGUUUUACUGUCUAAAAGAAUUGGAGCUACAUUAAGCCAU